AUUGAAUUCCAGACCAACCUGGUGCCUUACCCACGGAUACACUUCCCCCUCACCACCUAUGCCCCCAUCAUCUCUGCAGAGAAAGCCUAUCACGAGCAGCUCUCGGUGCCCGAGAUCACCAACGCUUGCUUUGAGUUCUCCAACCAGAUGGUGAAGUGUGACCCUCGCCGGGGCAAGUACAUGGCCUGCUGCCUGCUGUACCGGGGUGACGUGGUGCCCAAGGACGUCAACGCGGCCAUCGCGGCCAUCAAAACGCGCCGCUCCAUCCAGUUUGUGGACUGGUGCCCCACGGGCUUCAAGGUGGGCAUCAACUACCAACCUCCCACCGUGGUGCCCGGUGGGGACCUGGCCAAGGUGCAGCGCGCUGUGUGCAUGCUGAGCAACACCAUGGCCAUCGCCGAGGCCUGGGCACGCCUGGACCACAAGUUUGACCUGAUGUAUGCCAAGAGAGCCUUUGUGCACUGGUACGUAGGGGAGGGCAUGGAGGAGGGUGAGUUCUCAGAGGCCAGGGAGGACCUGGCUGCCCUGGAGAAGGAUUAUGAGGAGGUUGGAAGGGACUCGGCUGAUUAA